AUGUCUUUUCGAAAAUACUCAGCUUAUAACGAGUUGGUAAGUAAAAGUAUUUUUGAAGCAGCUUGGGAGGCCAUGAAACAAGCAGGACUGGAAGAAUUGCAAUUAGCAAAAGAUGUUGGCGAAGUAGAUGAACAAGGAAAUGGUCUAAUUGCAAAGAUUGUUGACAGUGCAUGGUCUAAGCGGUCAUAUACGGUUAAUUAUAACGCUUCAUCUGGAGUUGCUUGCAUUAUUGGGGCGAAAACUGGAAAAGUUUUUUAUGACUUUUCUAAGAGCAAGUAUUAUUCUAUAUUUGCUCAAGCUUUAACUAAAAACGAAAAGCUGCAACUCAUAAAUGAUCAAAAAAUUGGGAUGGUUCUCGACUUCUAUGGAAUUGGAACUAAUUUUAUAGACGAAGCAAAAAAGUUCGGAAUUUUUUAG